AACAUCCGGGUCUUUUUCGAUUCCUGUUUCGUUUAGCUAGCUAGGUGCAGGCUGCCUGUCAAGUGAAGAGGCUGGGGCUUUCGGCUUGUCGCUAUUUGGCCUCAACAGCUCCGGCCUAAAAGUUUAAAGGAGGUACAUUUGAAAUAUACUUUAUGUCGCCAAAUGAGAAAGUAAUGUAUCCCUGGUUUACUUUACAAAUUGAUGUACAGAGAGGUGCUAGCUAACGUUACCCACAAACUCUCAAUCUUGUCGUUUUUGUCGCAGCUUCUGUUUGUCUUUACACUUUCAAAACAGCUCUUUCUGAUUUUGGGGGAUACAAUGGGGGCGUUUUUGGACAAGCCAAAGAUGGAGAAGUACAAUGCUCAUGGUGAGGGGAACCGUCUGACCUAUGGCCUGAGCAGCAUGCAGGGCUGGAGGGUGGAGAUGGAGGAUGCCCACACGGCAGUCAUUGGCCUGCCUCAUGGGCUUGACCCUUGGGCCUUCUUUGCGGUUUAUGACGGGCAUGCUGGCUCCCAGGUGGCAAAAUACUGCUGCGGGCACCUUCUGGAGCACAUCACCAGCAAUCCAGACUUCCAGAGUGCUCUGGAGCCGGAACCCAACGUUGAGAGUGUGAAGACCGGCAUCCGCACAGGUUUCCUGCAGAUUGACGAGCACAUGCGGUCCAUCUCUGAGAAGAAGCACGGUGUGGACCGCAGCGGCUCCACCGCGGUGGGGGUCAUGAUUUCUCCAGGUCACAUCUACUUCAUCAACUGUGGAGACUCCCGGGGUCUUCUUAGCCGUGGAGGAGCUGUGCACUUCUUCACACAGGACCACAAGCCCAGCAACCCACUGGAGAAGGAGAGGAUCCAGAAUGCAGGUGGCUCUGUCAUGAUCCAGCGAGUGAAUGGCUCUCUGGCAGUGUCCCGGGCACUGGGAGACUUUGACUACAAGUGUGUGCAUGGCAAGGGCCCCACGGAGCAGCUGGUUUCACCAGAGCCUGAGGUGUAUGCCAUUGAAAGGUCUGAGGUGGAAGAUGAGUUCAUCGUCCUAGCCUGCGACGGCAUCUGGGAUGUCAUGGCCAAUGAGGAACUUUGCAACUUUGUCAGGUCCAGGCUUGAGGUGACCGAUGACCUUGAGAGAGUCUGCAAUGAAAUUGUUGACACUUGCUUGUAUAAGGGGAGUCGGGACAAUAUGAGUGUUGUGCUGAUCUGCCUCCCAGGGGCUCCAAAGGUGACUGCAGAAGCUGUGAAAAGGGAAGCGGAGCUGGAUAAGUACUUGGAAAGCAGAGUAGAAGAGAUCAUAAAGAAGCAGGGAAACGAAGGGGUUCCAGACUUGGUCCACGUGAUGCGGACCUUAGCAUUGGAGAGCAUCCCUAACCUCCCUCCUGGGGGAGAGCUGGCCAGCAAACGAAGCGUUAUUGAAGCAGUGUACAACAAACUCAACCCAUACCGGGGUGAUGACACAGACUCAGCGUCCACAGACGACAUGUGGUAACACAACCCCUACCACUAACACAGCACAGAGUUUACAAACCUCUACCCUCAAGACUCACAGCAGCUCCAUUCAGCAGUCUGUCUCCCCACCACUCUGAGCGUUCCAUUUGUAAGAAGGGAAUAUGAUGGGAGGAGGAGGAGAUGCACGCACACCCCUACAGCCCAGAUAGAGCAGCACCAGUCAGCUCUGGAGUUCAGGAUACCCUCCAUUUUGUCUCACCUUUAUUUUCAAUCCCACCCUUAACCUGUUGGGACUCUGUAGUUUUAUGUUUUCUUUUUUUUAAAUAAUCAGUUGAAACAACUAUUUUGAGCUGUAAUUUCCUUUUUUGUAUAUUUGUUUUUGUGAAGUGCAAUUGUCCUGUACAAAGCCUGUAUUUAAUGCAGCUUGAGUUAAAGUAGAAAAAAAGAAAGAAAAUACCUUUAUACACUAUCAGCCCUUUUCCUGCUCUUCUGGAGUUCCAACAAAUGUCUAUUCAGUGACUAUUACUGAAUAUUAUGAGGUGAUAUUAUCCUCUUGCUCUUUAUUUUAUUUUUUUGUCUUUGCUCCUUAAGAAACGGGUAAAUUGUAUAGGUUCACAGCACAGUAAGCUCUCUAAACCAUAUAAAUUCUAAUAUCUUCAUUUAUUUUGUUUGUAUAAAAAGAAUCUGCGUAGUGUAGUAACUAUGGUACUACAGUCUUUCAUUGUGUGUUCUGUCUUUUGGGGGAAGUUCUUGUUCAUCUCCUGUAAACAACGCAACAAAGCAGUUCCUAGAUGCAAAUGAAGAUGAGCUCACCCUACACCUUUUAACACUUGCUGUGUGUGUGUAUGUGUGUGUGUGUGUGUGCGCGCCGCCUGCCUGCCUGCCUGCCUGUCUGUGGGUACUGGCAAGUGUUCCUAGGUGCUUGUGUGCGUGCACAUGUUUUGUAUAGAGAGAGGUCUGUAUAUCUGUAGCUGCUAGCUAAUGUUUGCUAUGGUGGUGCAGAUUAUGGGAAAUGUUCCUCCAUUACUCCUACAUACCUAUUGUGCACCCGUCUUGUAUAUCAGUACGAUACUACCCUUCACUUCAGAGCUUUGGAGAACACUUUGACACUGGAUGGAUUAAAUUGACUUAUUGCCAUUUUUAACUUAUGACAUCUGCCACGACCAUUUUGUAAUUCUACUGACAUGCAGUGAUUUAUGCUAGUCUGACUAGUUUACACGUUUUCAUGUCAUUCAUGUAAGAUGCACAUAUUUCAGCUUUGACAGCCCAGCAUGCCAAGUGAAGUUCUGAGAUUCAGUGCAUUUUAUUUCUUACAAGCCUGCGUUUGGUACUGAGAGGAGUUCAAAUCACAACAUCUAUCUGAUAAUCUGAUUUUACAAGUGUAUAAGUGCUGAUUUGUUAACCCUAAUUACCACCAUCGGUCUGAGUGAACCUUCAAUCUUCCCUUAACAAUUUUGAGGUGGUAUUUUUUUUUUUUUAUUGUUGCAAUAUUCAACUAUACAACCAAUAACAAAUCCACUGAAUGCAAUGAGCUGUCCUAGAGUACCAUGUAUUUACUAUGAGUGGUUUGGGGGGCUCUCAGUGUAGAGUCCUCAGCCACUGCACCAGGAGCCCGUGCACAAUAUGGUAUGCUUCUAUAGUGUAUAUGAUUUUGCUGUAAAUCUCUCUUAAAAAAAUGAAAUGAAUAGUCAGACUAAAUCUGUAUUUAACACGCAGAUGUAUUUCUUGGUGACAUGUUUUUUAUUUUGAACUGCAUUGCUGCAAAUGUAUGUGACUUUUUUCUGACCUUUUGUCAAGGAAUAAAUCAUGUUGCUUGAGUUAGAUGCGUGCUUAGCAAGAUACUCUUGUUUUUGGAUGUUGAAUCAAUUAGAACUGAGCGCUGUAGGUAAAUGUGUCCUAAUCCCCUUGGGUUCUGUCCUGUUUGUCUAAAACUGGUUUUCCCAAACUUGGUCCUGGUGCCCCCCCAAUGCACGUUUUGUUUUUUCCCCGAGAACAACACAGCUGAUUUUCAAAUAAUCAAAGCUUGAUGACAAGUUUAGAUUUUUAAUAGGUUUUUUUUUAUCAGCAGCAAAGUGCUAGGGCAAAAAACACUACUUGCACCCGGGGGACCCAGGACCAAGUUUGGGAAACACUGGUCUAACACAGGGUAACGUACUGAAUUUAUAAUUUCUCUUUAACCAACUGACAAUCUAAUGAUGUAACUUCUGGCAACAAACUACCACGUUGACUCCUGAAUUUGACCCCAAGAAAAACAGUUUAGAGAUGCCUUGAUAUCCCACCCUUGUUGUUGUAUUUUAUCCAUACCUGCAUUUUUUUUUAGAAAUUCUAAACAAUACGAGGUACGUCCCAGAUUAAAACUCUUAAAAUGUUUGUUUUUUCUGAACUUGCCAUAUGGACAAUUGAUACAGCUGUAAUGUCAAUUAUACUUAGAAAGGGUAAUCAAAGGGUAAACAAGUCUAACAAUGCCUUCAUAAUUUUAAGCAAUGAAGUGACUGAUGAAUGAAUCUGGUGAAGUGAUUAUGUAGUCAUUGUUGAGAUGCAAAAUACCCAUUCUGUUCAACUGUCACAGGUACCCAAGUCACUUUUCCAAAUUGAGAAAGAAAUGUGGUUAAAUUGGUAAAUGUCUUUCUGUACUGUGAAUUUGUGUAAAGGGAACCAAGUUUUAGGAGCGCGAAGAGGCGUGAACAACUGUAACACAAGCCCUAUCUUUUUUUAAUGUCUGUGAAUAGUUUAGGAUCUUAGCUUAAGGAGUGCAAAUAUUCGGUUACGCUGUUGUCCUUUUUAUAAGCUAAAGUAUUUUCUACAGAAAUACUACAGUAUGUAUAUUGUUUUUCAUUUACGAAAUGACGUAACCAAGGAUUUUUUUUUUUUUUUUACAAGACGAAAUAAAUACUUUUUUUAUUUCUGAAAUGCAUUAACUUAAUCUUUAGGCUAGCCAGACAUUUUUCUGUCAUCUGUACAACUCAACACUGAUUUUGUGCUGCCCUGCUGUUGUUUAAGGAGUUUGGGAUUUAAGUUCAGCGUUCUGUUGUCAACACACCAGUUUUAAUGUGGGCUACUCGCAUACUGUAGGACUUGCAUAGUGACUUAGGUGUUAGGUUCAUGUAAGGCGUCAUCUCUGUUAUAUAAUUCUUAUUUAAGCCUCAUAAGGAACAUUAUUUAUAUUGGAGUAAAAGAGAUUUUAAUGCUUGCGCCCAUAUUGUACAUAAUAUUGAUGUACCUCAGUUGUGGUGAUACUGUGUGACCCUUUGGCAGUGGGUUGUGUCCCCUUUAACGGGGGCCUGAACUCCAUGUUGCUGACCUUUUUCAGCUCACUAAUAAGCUCACCGAUUUGCCUUACCCAAUCUAACUCAACCCCCUAAAGUACUUGUUCAUUGGAACACUUCAAGGAGUAAUUUCAAAUAGUGUUUCCAAGUUAGGGUACUUCUCUACAAAGUGGCAUACUAUCUUGGUAGUCACAUGGUACACCUUUUCAUUUCUGGUUUAUAUUAAAAACAAAUGUUACCUUGUUGAAUCUUUUGAAAUAUUAUUUAAAUUGCUCACUCCUGCAGAUGUCAUACUUUGAGCAAAUGCAAGUGUUAAACAAUUGGGUAACCUUGUAUGCAUUUGAAAUGUGCGUACAUGUCUGCUAUAUUUAUGAAUGCAUUCAAGAAUAGCUUUAGUCCUGUAGAUAAGUAUUGUCUGUUGAUUCAACUGCUUCUCAGAGGCGUCUGUGAUUGACUACAAAGUUCAGUAACUGUAUAUUUUGUAUUAUGAUCUAGCUCCAAAGGAAAGACGGAUAAAAAGAAAAUGUUAAAGCUUUGUUCCCUGAACUUUAUUGUACUGUGUUGAGUCGAUUGAACAAAUUGCAUUCCUUGCUUGUGAAUUUAUGCGUUCUCCUAUUUCCCUGAUCUUCUAAUUUCUUUUGCCUUUUUGAAGUUUGAAAUAAAAUGUCUAGUUUGCAGAAUGUACCACUAAAUAAAUGGGUUGUUACCUUGUA